AUGACAACUGAGAUCCUGCGGUCUAUGCUGUACAAAGGCUCUGAAGUGAUGAAAGAAGUGGGUUGGGUGCUCUUCGAUGAAAUCCAUUACAUGAGAGACAAAGAAUUGGUGUGUUGGUUGCAUAGGCAGCCAGUGCAUGUCGUGUACACGGAUUACCGGCCUACUCCACUUCAGCAUCUCAUCUUUCCUGUGGGAGGUGAAGGACUAUAUGAAGUUGUCAACGGUCAAUUUCUUGAAGACAAGUUCACAGAAGCAAUUAGUGGAUCAGAGGCGCUGGGUGACAAAGUGGAAGGAGGUAUUCAGAGAGGUCGUAAAAGUGGAAUGAAGACCGAUUCUAACGUAGUGAAGAUAAUUUUAACUAUCAAAGAACGUUCAAUGUUGCCGUGCAUCAUAUUCUCUUUUAGUAGGAAGGAGUGUGAGGCGUAUGCUCUUUCUCUCAAGAAUAUGGAUUUUAACGAUGAUGAAGAGAAGACAUUGGUUCGCGAAAUUUAUAGUAGUGCUGUCAGCCUUCUAAAAGAUGACGAUAAGAAGAUUCCUCAAAUAGGACAGAUAGUUGUUGGUAGCCGAGAUUUUGGUUGGGCAGUUUUUGUGAGCUUCUAUAAGAAAAUUGAUAUAGACGACAUCACGCAGAUGGUGUACAUCCUCGAAGUGUUGAUGGAAUACAAAAGCGACAGCAUUAAUGACGUCGUUAGCUUAACUCAAAUUCAACCAGCAACUGAAGGAGCACCAACGUCAUUUGAUCUCGUAUCUCUAACUUUGGAUUGUGUCGAUGAAAUCAGUUUCCUUCGUUUAAAGCUGCCACCAAAAUUGGAUUCAGAUCUCUCCGAAAGUGUUGUCCAGAAGAUGGUUAAGAGUUUGAAAUCGCGAUUUCACAAUAAUAUCCCUCUUCUGGAUCCCAUCAAAGACAUGCAUAUCUCCGAGGCGUCACUCAUUCAUGCUGUUGAAAAAGUCGCUGAAUUGGAAGAACGUAGUAAAGAGCUUCCGUUGCGGAAAAUGAAGAAUUUUAACGAUAUCAAGACGCAGUGGCCUUCUAAGGGGCGUUGUGCCUGUGAACUCUCUGCUACCGAUGAGCUGUUGUUCACUGAAAUGUUUUACGGAGGAGUAUUCACAGACCUUACAUCUGCUCAAAUCGCCGCCCUUCUAUCUUGUUUUGUGUUUCAGGAAAACGCAAAAACUCCUAAAUUAGCUGAGGAGCUGUUCGAUUGUCUUCGAAAACUUCAUGAGUACGCUCGACGGAUUGCUAAGUUGUCUGUUGAGUGUAAACUUGAUAUCAUUGAAGACAAAUAUGUUGAAUCCUUCAAACCAGGAAUGAUAGACGUCGUCUACGAAUGGGUCAAUGGCGUCUCAUUUGAAGAGAUCAUAAAGAAUUCUGAUAUAUUUGAAGGCUCGAUCAUUCGAUGUCUUCGUCGACUAGAAGAGGUUCUUAGAGAGAUGGUAAAUGUGGCGAAGGCGAUGCAGAAUCCGGAACUCGAAGAGAAAUUUUAA